CGUGGCCGGAGCAGGUGAGUGGAGCCGAGUGGCAAAGGGAAUCACCUCAUUGCUUCCCGUCGCCGAGCAUUCGUUCUCUCUCUCUCUACCUCUCCGCUUCAUUUUCUCCACCCGGUUCUCCCGUAUUCGAUCCGAUCAUGCCGAGGCGAGAUCCGGCUCAGGAAAAGGAGGUUCUAGAAUGGAUCGAAGCUGUAGUGGCCGAAAAACUUCCUAAUCAACCCUACGAAGAAGUCCUGCGAGAUGGACAGAUCCUGUGCAAACUCAUUAAUAAAAUCGCUCCUGGGUCUGUAAAGAAAAUCACCUCCAAAGGUGGACAGUUCCAGAUGAUGGAGAACGUUCAGAGGUUCCAGGAGGCUUUGAAGAAAUACGGGGUUCCCGAAGAGGAAAUCUUCCAAACCGUGGACCUAACUGAGAAGCGAAAUGUGGUUCAAGUGACCCUUUGUCUCUACGCUCUCGGCCGCCUCACUCAGAAGCAUCCUGAAUACACGGGACCUCGGCUAGGUCCGAAGAUGGCGGACGAGAAUGUGAGAAAUUUCUCGGAGGAGGACGUAAAGAGAUUGCGGGAAACGCAAGUGGGUCUUCAAGCCGGUUUCAACAAGGGAGCCACCCAGUCAGGACACGGUGGAUUCGGCAACACACGACACAUGUGAAACUACUUUCGCAAGGAAAAAAGACUCCCUUCCUCCACUCCCUCCAUUUAUCUGAAUAUCCUUUACAUGUUCGUCGGUCUUGUCAUCGUCAUCCACCCUCAUUGUGACCCUCGUUUGCUUUCAAUCUCUAACAUUCGAAACGACUUUGAUGUUCGUCUAACAAUGGGAGACGUGAACAUUCUCCAUGUAUCCAUUCUUGUGAAUCUACGAGGAAUCUUGUAUCCGCGAUCGUUCCAUGCAAGAGUUUCGUAUCUCUAUUUUUUACUAAUCGCCUUCUUGUAUUUUCCUAAUGUUUAUGUAUUUGGAUACGAGGAGAGACAUUCUUCUUAGACCGACCUUCGGCAUAUCCUCGUUGUCAUAUCACGUGUGUAGUCCGAGUACUUUGUUUAGAAAUGCAAAAUGGAACAAUACAGUUCGAUAUUCUGCUAAAAA